UGGCAGCAUUAGGAAGUUUGAGAACCACUGCUUUAAUGUCAACCACACUGAGUUCAAGACAGCAUUAUGCUAUAUUAUUUUGCUCAUUUAAUCAUUUCCAUACAUUUUUUCAUUCAACCAAUACUGUCCAUUGUGUAUAAAAUGCCCAACAAAUGUUUGCUGGAUAUAUACAAUUCUAAAUCAUUGGGCUUUAAUGAAUGAGUCAUUAAACCCCCCAGGUCUUCCACUUAAAUUAUAAAAAAAGUAAUUGUAUUUAUUUCUGGUUGUGUUCCAGAUCAUUAAUAAUCAUCUGUAAUAUGAUAAUCCUGUUUCAUCAGUUAUCAGAUAACAAAGUCUAUUUCUGAAUUAAAUCAUUUUGCCAAUCUGUAAAUUUAAUUAUACAAUCAAAUGUGAAUGAGUCUGUUGAUUCUAAGAAAGAUUGCAAUGCUCUAGGUAGUCUUCAUUACACAAUUCCCACUUAGAGGCAAGACUGUGCAGGUAUCUUUUCCUUAAGUUCCUGUAUUUUCAUGGGAUGUCUAAGAGAACAAAGUACACGCGGAAGGGAGUAAAAGCUGGUAGGAAGUUCCCCAAGUCUGGGUAAGUGCUUUUUCUCUACAAUUAACUCCAGCUGAGUUAUGGUGGUCACUUUGCUUCUCGGCUUCUCAUUAUUGGCCAAGCCACUCCCAGGAAAAGAAAUGGUUAUGGAAACAUGGUUUUGCAAGGGAUGCCUUUACCCUGGACUCAGCACCACCUGUUUUCCAAUCAGAGCCGAGUACUGCGUUCCUCCUGUCUUCCUGUUUCAUUAGAGACCAAUACAUGCCAGCAAAUUUAACUGAUUCCAACGGUAAAGACAGGAAUAAUAAACACCAUCUAUAUUGCUUUACAAUCUACACUUCAGUCAUUAUUUCAAGCGAGAUUUUUUUUUUUUGUUCGUUUUUGUUUUUUUGCAGUUUUUGGCCGGGGCUGGGUUUGAGCCUGCCAUCUCCGGCAUACGGGGUCGGCGCCCUACUCCGUUGAGCCACAGGCGCCGCCCUCUUUUUUUUUUUUUUUUUAGAGACAGAGUCUCACUUUAUCGCCCUUGGUAGAGUGCGCUGGCGUCACAGCUCACAGCAAUCUCCAACUCCUGGGUUUUAGGCGAUUCUCUUGCCUCAGCCUCACGAGUAGCUGAGACUACAGGUGCCCGCCACAAUGCCUGGCUAUUUUUUUGCUGCGGUUUGGCCGGGGCCGGGUUUGAACCCGCCACCUUAGGUAUAUGGGGCCGGCGUCCUCCUCACUGAGCCACAGGCGCCGCCCUCAAGCAAGCUUUUCAACAGCUCUGUGAAAUAGGUAUUAUUUCUACUUCAGAGAAGACAGCUCAUGAGCUACAGGGACCGUGAUCCAGGGCUUAUACUCAAAUCCGGAACGCGACACAACUCCGAAGCUUUCGAGAACGAGCCACGCCACUGCUACUGCCAACACUUUCCCACCUGCUUGGAGUCCAGGCAGCGGUUACCUUCUUGAACUGCCAUUUGAGCGGUAAUCAGCCGCCAUUCACCUGCUUUCCCCAAACCAGGAAAACAUCCGGGGCGCAAGUGCGCGUUGAGCCUUUCCCUGUCCCGAAGCUCAGUACGUACAGGGCGAGGCCCAAGUCCUCUUACCCCAAGGGUUACCCAAGAACCUGUACUGAGUAUUGUUUGGCUGACUAGGAUUCCCAAUGCCCGCCCAAAUUCAGCCCUCACCAAAGUUCCCAUCCGCGAUCUCACCAGCCCCUGCCCUCACAGGCCGCUCUAGCCCCGCGCGUAGCCCGCAAGCUCAUUGCUCCCGUUUGACGUCAUCAGCCGGCGCCGCAGCGCAGUAGCGGGCACGCGCAACCGAGAAGAUGUCUCCGACGCCGCCGCUCUUUAGUUUGCCCGAAGCGCGGACGCGGUUUACGAAGUCUACCAGAGAGGCCUUGAACAACAAAAAUAUCAAGCCAUUACUGAGUACCUUCAGCCAAUUACCUGGCAGUGAAAAUGAAAAAAAAUGUACCCUUGAUCAAGCUUUCAGAGGUGUUCUAGAAGAAGAAAUUAUAAAUCAUUCAUCAUGUGAAAACGUUUUAGCUAUUAUUUCUCUUGCUAUUGGGGGAGUAACUGAAGGUAUUUGUACCGCAUCUACGCCUUUUGUAUUGUUGGGAGAUGUUUUGGAUUGUCUUCCUUUGGAUCAAUGUGAUACAAUAUUCACUUUUGUGGAAAAAAAUGUUGCUACUUGGAAAUCAAAUACAUUCUAUUCUGCUGGGAAAAAUUAUUUACUACGUAUGUGCAAUGAUCUCCUACGAAGAUUAUCUAAAUCCCAGAAUACAGUCUUCUGUGGACGAAUUCAGCUCUUUUUGGCCAGGCUUUUCCCUCUAUCUGAGAAAUCAGGUCUUAACUUGCAGAGUCAGUUUAAUCUGGAAAAUGUCACUGUUUUCAAUACCAAUGAGCAGGAAAGCACACUGGGUCAAAAGCACACUGAGGAUAGAGAAGAAGGAAUGGAUGUAGAAGAAGGGGAAAUGGGAGAUGAUGAAGCUCCAACAACUUGCUCCAUUCCAAUUGAUUACAACCUAUAUCGAAAAUUCUGGUCACUUCAGGAUUACUUUAGGAACCCUGUGCAGUGCUAUGAGAAGAUUUCGUGGAAAACUUUUCUUAAGUAUUCUGAGGAAGUUUUGGCUGUUUUUAAAAGUUAUAAAUUAGACGAUACUCAGGCCUCAAGAAAAAAGAUGGAAGAACUGAAAACAGGAGGAGAGCAUGUAUAUUUUGCAAAAUUUUUAACAAGUGAAAAGUUGAUGGAUUUACAGCUGAGUGACAGUAACUUUCGUCGACACAUCCUGUUGCAGUAUCUCAUUUUAUUCCAGUAUCUCAAGGGGCAAGUCAAAUUCAAAAGUUCAAACUAUGUUUUAACUGACGAACAGUCACUUUGGAUUGAAGAUACCACAAAAUCAGUGUAUCAACUACUAUCUGAAAACCCCCCUGAUGGAGAAAGAUUUUCAAAGAUGGUAGAGCAUAUAUUAAACACUGAAGAAAACUGGAACUCAUGGAAAAAUGAAGGCUGCCCAAGUUUUGUGAAAGAAAGAGCAUCAGAUACCAAGCCUACAAGAGUCGUACGGAAGAGAACAGCACCAGAGGACUUCCUAGGGAAAGGGCCCAGCAAAAAACUUCUGAUGGGAAAUGAGGAGUUAACAAGGCUUUGGAAUCUCUGUCCUGACAAUAUGGAAGCCUGUAAAUCAGAGACAAGGGAAUACAUGCCAACUUUGGAGGAGUUCUUUGAAGAAGCCAUUGAACAGGCAGACCCUGAAAACAUGGUUGAAAAUGAAUAUAAGGCUGUGAACAAUUCAAAUUAUGGUUGGAGAGCCCUGAGGCUUUUAGCACGGAGAAGCCCUCACUUCUUCCAGCCAACUAAUCAGCAGUUUAAAAGUUUGCCAGAGUAUCUUGAAAACAUGGUAAUAAAGCUAGCCAAGGAAUUACCACCUCCUUCUGAAGAAAUAAAAACAGGUGAGGAUGAAGAUGAGGAAGACAAUGAUGCUUUACUGAAAGAACAUGAAAGUCCUGAUGUUCGGCGAGACAAACCUGUAACAGGGGAACAGAUAGAAGUUUUUGCCAACAAGCUUGGUGAACAUUGGAAGAUUCUGGCUCCCUAUUUGGAAAUGAAAGACUCAGAAAUUAGGCAGAUUGAGUGUGAUAGUGAAGACAUGAAGAUGAGAGCUAAGCAGCUCCUAGUUGCCUGGCAAGAUCAAGAAGGAGUACAUGCAACACCCGAGAAUCUGAUCAGUGCACUGAAUAAGUCUGGACUAAAUGACCUUGCAGAAAGUCUAACUAAUGACAAUGAGACAAAUAGUUAGCUUCUUUCUUUCUUUUUUUUUUAUUAAAACUGUGAUAAGAUUUUGUUACCAAGCAGCAUUUGAUAAGAGGUCCACUGGUUUUGGUAAACAAUAAACAUUUUUAUAACA